AUGGGCCACGUCACAGAGGAAUGCCGCACGUUGCAGCGUGAGGUGGGAAAACUGAUAGCGGCAGGAAAACCUACUAGAAUACAGGGAGGUAAUGCUCCGGUACCUAAAGGAGUGCACACAAUCGCCGGAGGAUUUGGAGGAGGAGGAAUCACCAGUGCAGCUAGAAAGCGGUACGCUAGGGCGGUGAACACGGUAACAGAGGUUCCUUUCGGUUUUUCACAUCCAGACAUUACCUUUUCAUCCGAUGACUUCGUUGGAAUAAAGUCACAUCUAGACGACCCGAUUGUAAUCCUCCUUCGCGUCAACCAACUUAAUGGACAACGAGUACUUUUGGAUCAAGGGAGUUCAGCGGGCAUCAUUUACGGCGGGGCAUUUGAUCGGCUCGGUUUGAAUGAGGCAGAUCUCACCCCUUAUGCAGGGACUCUGGUGGGGUUUGCGGGCGAGCAAGUAUGGGUGAGAGGCGUCCUUGACCUUGAUACCACAUUCGGCGAGCGAGAGAACGCUAGGACGUUGAGGGUGAAAUACUUAAUCCUAGGAACGGAGGGAUCUUACAACAUGAUAAUUGGCAGAAACACCUUGAACCGGCUGUGCGCUGUGAUUUCAACGGCACACUUGGCGGUUAAAUAUCCUUUGCCGAAUGGGCGAGUUGGGAGAGUGGUUGUGGACCAGAAAACUGCGAGGGAGUGCUACUGCAACGCGGUAGACCGGUACGGGAAAAGGAACGCCUCGGUGGGGCACCGAUGCAACGAGGUCGAUGCGCCAGAAGAGAACCUAGAUCAAAGGGGCGAGGGGCGAGUCAACAGGCCCACGCCGUUCGAAGAAACCAAGGAACUGAAAUUUGGCGAGAAGAUACUCAAAAUAGGGACCCGACUGACUGAAGCCCAAGAACAAAGAUUAUCAAAGCUAUUGGGCGAGAACCUGGAUCUUUUUGCUUGGAGUCACAAGGACAUGCCAGGAAUAGACCCGAACUUCAUUUGCCACAAGCUAGCGCUAAAUCCCGGAAUUAAACCAGUGACCCAGACACGCCAGCGAAUGGGCGAUGAAAAGGAGAAGGCAAUCCAGCAAGAGGUAAACAAAUUACUGGCGGUAGACUUCAUCCGGGAAAUUAAGUAUCCUACUUGGCUGGCGAAUGUGGUAAUGGUAAAGAAGGCGAACGGAAAAUGGCGAAUGUGUGUAGACUACACAGACCUGAACAAGGCAUGUCCGAAAGAUUCUUAUCCAUUACCGAGCAUAGACAAGCUAGUGGAAGGAGCGUCGGGAAAUGAGCUGCUGAGUCUGAUGGAUGCCUAUUCGGGAUAUCACCAAAUCAAGAUGCACCCGUCGGAUGAAGACAAAACGGCCUUCAUGACCGCUAGGGUAAACUACUGUUAUCAAACCAUGCCCUUCGGGCUGAAGAAUGCGGGGGCGACGUAUCAGCGGUUGAUGGAUAGGGUAUUUGAGGGCCAAGUGGGGAGGAACAUGGAGGUAUAUGUCGAUGAUAUGAUCGUAAAAUCGGUUUUGGGAUCAAGCCAUCAUGAGGAUUUGACGGAAGCUUUUGGGCGGGAAGUUUUUAGGCUUCAUGAUUACGUCAAGAGGGAUUGA